AUGUCCUCUUGGCCAACGCCUGCGGGGGUGGGGACGUUCUAUGUCAACGAUUUCAAGGCACAGAUCGCAUCUAUUCUGGGGUCCCACGCCGCGGCGACUGGCACCAGCCCCUCCGGCUCACCAGCAACAGAAGGCUGUGGUGUCGCAGGGCGCCCCCAAGCGCGCCGGGAAGGAGGUGGCGGCCUCAGUCAGAGCAAUUCACCUUUCCGGCACGGCAGUGGCAUUGGGGGCUUCGACAGCGUCACGCCGCCUCCAGAGGUAGUGCCUUACUCCGUCUCCGCAAGUCGUGGGACGCCGCUAGUGACGCCAACGCGCGGCAGUGGCGCGAAUCGUUCUGGAGAGCGCGCGAAGAGUGCGCGCCGCAGCUCCCGUGCGGCGCCGCUGCUCGACACGUCCGCUGUUUUUGUGACACCCACGCCGCAGAAGCAGCGGCACCACCACCUCUCCCCCGCCAUGUCCGCGCGUGACAAUAAAAGGAAAUCAACACGCGCUAGGCGUGUAACCACGUCGGCAUCGCGACGGCGCAGCCCAAAGCGGGAUGGCGCGCAGCGUGUCGGCAGCCCAUCCGCAGGGCACACGAACGUCACCCUCGCCACCGGCGUGGGCGGCGGCUACGCGAUUCACGUAAACCGACACCCCCUCUACUCCGGUAGGGGAGCACCGCAGCGGAGAUGCGCCUCCCCUCCGCCGGCUGCUGGCAAGGCCGCCGGCGUGCAAGGGGGCCUCGCCAUAUCCGUCGAAGCGAACACCGUGCGGCGGCUGCAGAGAGGCGGGGCGGAGAAACCGGCGGCAUCGGUGGCAGUGACUCAAACCGCGCCUGUCAAGGCUGCUACGGCCUCUGGUGUCUGCGCAACGGUGAGCGCAGGCCAGACGAGACCGUCGGCGCAACGCGGUAGCAUCAUCGAGCAACUGGCGGCAGCCACCCAGACGAACGGCGGUGAUGGCUCCACGCUGGGACAGGCCGCACACGAGCCGCACGCUAACGCCUCCGUGGCAAGGUCAUCGAGUCCGCGAAAGUGUCCUCGGCCGCAUUCCGAGAGUAAACUGCGGUUGUCAAGGCUCACCGGCGGCAGCGACACUAAGCCCCUGGGUCCGCUGCGGCUGCAGGAUCGAAUGCGCAUGCACCUGCAGCAGGCGUCGUUCAAUGUGAGCGUCAGCGCUGCUGGCGAGGCAGACAGGCGCUUGCCGAAUGACACGCUCGUCCUUGCGGGCCCGGAACAGGCGCCUGACGGAGAGGAGAACCCCAUGUACGCUCAGCUCAAGGCAUUCCAACUGCCCCAGGCGCACACAGCCGCGCCCCCAGCCCCUGCGCCACCCUCUUUGCCGGGCUCAGCACCGACCGGCGGCACAUCCGCAGCAGCGCCCUCCGCUGCACCACCCCCUCCAGCUGCGCCAGGUGCAGUGACAGCGGCGGCGGUGACGGGCCUAGCUUCUGCGCCAGCACCGGCACCUGCCGCUGGCGUACCCGCCCCAGUAGUGCCCCCUCCUCCACCAGGAGCCGACGUCCUUGCCGCUGCCGCCUUCGUAGGCGCACCUGCGGCUAGCCCAGCGCCGCCGCCGCCACCACCACCACCGGCGGUCGCAGCAGGGGCAGGAGCCGCCAGCGCACCCGCCGCGGGCAGUUCGGCGGCAGGAACGGGUGCGUCAGCUGCUGCCGCCGCUUCCGGCACACGGCUCUCUGCACAGCCGGUCUCUGCGCGGGUGCCGACAAAGGAGAUGACGGAGGCGGAGGAGGAGCGCUUGUUGCGUGACCUCGCCGCCGCGUCACAUCACAACCACCGGUGCGCGCGGCCGCCGCCGUCAGCCGGCUCGGCUGUCCCCGCCACGGACGCCGGCCUCACUGCCGCGAUAGAGACGGCGCUGCAGCUGCGACGCGAAGCGAACAGCGGCGCACUCCACGGCUGGCGGAGGCCACCGGCAAACGUGCUGUUGCCUGACCCGACGCUGUCCGCGCCUACGUGGGUGGUGCUCAAGUCGGCACCUGCCCAGGAGGCGCAGCAGGCAGCCGCCGCGGCUACUUUUGCACGGCCCAGUGGUGGAGCCUCUGUGGACCGCUCAGCAUCACGGGCGGAUGAUAUGCCAGCCGCCGCGCACGAAGUCGCUGAGAACGCCGCUGACGGCGAUGAAACUGCGCGGGUAUUGGACUGCAUCGACUACCACGCGCCGUUCCAGUGCGUCCUCCGUCCCGAGUACGUGGAGCACGACCUCGUGCCAGCGGCCUUGAGCGUGGGAGUCGUCGCCCACACCGGUAUGGAUGACCCCAUGAAGUCUUGGCAUACCAACCGCACCACCCCGGGCGCAGCGGCGGCGGCGGUGGAGCAGAGGGAUAAUGUCAAUGGGGAUGCGCUCGCUGCAGUGGCAGCAGCCAGCAGCGACACCGCGGUGAAGACGCUAGCUGCGCAGGCCGUCAUUUUGCGUGACCCGCUCUCUCUCCUCGCAUGCGAGCACCUCGCCGAGGACACAAUCGAUAUCGCCGCUCGCCGCCGCGCAUAUCUAUCGUCGAUGGAUGCGUUGCACGGCAUCACGCGCGGCGGUGCGCUGGUCUCCACGCUGCAAGAAGCCUCACCACUGGGUGCGGUGUUCUGCGAGCUGUCGUACCCGGCCAAGGUACUGCUUUCAGCGAUCCUGUACAUGCGCUCGCUCGGGGCGCUGCCGAGCCUGCUGCGAGUUGGCCCACUCACCGAGUACAGUCCCGUCGUGGACAAGGAAAACUGCAUCGAGCUUGUCUUCUACAACCCGCCCGACGACGAGCAGGGCGUGCGAGCGGCACAGGAGGAGCAGCACAAGUCGGGGCAGCUGAAGCCCUCACGGCAUCCCUUUGAGCGAGAGCGCGCGGUGGGCGCAACAGUCCUUCACAGUCAAGUGCCAGCUCGUCGCGUGUCGCUCAUCGAGGCUGUGACACCGACGAACGCCCCGGGAAGGGCGCGUUCGCAGCCGCACGCGGAGGGGCAACCGAGAAGCAGCCCAGGCGCGUUGUUCCGUAGCCGCUCAGGCAGGCAGUACGGCAACACCCGCAGUUUCACGGGCGACUCCCUCGCCGGGAAAGGUGAGGCGCACGCAAGCCACGCGCACAGCUACACAGACCCGUCCCCGUCGCCGCUGCAGAAGCGGCGGCCAACCGCCCUUGAGGACCGGCUGAUGAGCACGCUGUCCGCGACGGCGAGGCGGCGGGCCGGCUCUGCGACCUCCCGGAGCGUCAGCUCUGCCGCUGUCACCUCGCACACCGUUUCACCGCACCGAUUCUUUUCUCGCGCGAUCUCCACAAACCUGGCUGGGCCGCAGCUGCAUGACACGGAGGCCUCGCUAACGGCGGCUGACACUCUCGACGGAGUACGGCGUUUGCCUGGCGCUGAUGGCGGUGAGCCGUGUCCCUCUGAGAGCGGUGGCUCCUGGCUACUGCGCAACGCGUCGCAGGACGGGCCCGCGCGGCACGUCUUUGCUCGCCAGGUAGGUGACCCGGGCACCAACGCUGAUGAAAGCCUAAGCGGGAGUGACAACGUCCAUCGCAGCUACGCUGACCUCGCCUCUGGCCGCCAGCGCCGCCAGAAACUAUCCCAGCUGCCAGCCAAGCUGCAGGGGUGCGGCUCGGGGUACACCAGCACCUUCGCCACUCCCGUCCCGCGCGUGCGCAUUACACCUCCAUCUGGUACGUCGGCAAGCGGCGCAUCUGGCGCGCCUGCCCAGACCUCGGCCACUACCGCGACAGGCUCGUCUGCCCUUCGACGCAGCUCCGUCACCGUUGCGCUCGAAGACCUGCAGCGGGCGGCUGAGAGGGGCGGCGUGUCGGCUGCAGCGCGCGCGGCAACCGCGCCCGCGUUGCCAUCACACUCACUCCCAGAUCGCGCCGACCCCUUAUCCGCCGUCACGCAGCCUGCCAAGGCGAUGCCACCGCGGCUGCCGACGCACUUUGAAGCGGGCCAGUCGGCCACCGCUUGUGGCACGAGGGGCGCGGCAACGCCCGCAAGUGGCUCAACACCGGCAAGCGCGCACGGCCCCGGCGUCGCCCGCUUUCCCACGGGGGAGCAGGAGCUUUGCGUCGUCUUGCGCGCCGUCGUGGCGCAGAAGUCGCACGUGUACUCCUUCGGCAAGGCAGAGACAGUGCAUGUGUUGCCCCCGCUGCCGCGGCGCAGCACCGACGACGACGACGACAAGGCGCUGCUGCGCAAGCAGACGACACAGAAGGCGGAGAUGGAGCGCCUGGCCACGGACUCUUCGAGCCCCCUACACAAAUUCCUUUGUGGCGGUGACAAGCUGCGUGGCGAGGCGAAGAUAGAGGGGGACCAGUGGAGGGCUGUCUUGCUCGAUCGGGCGCGCCGCGCUGCCGCCGCGGCGCGUCAGCACGUCCCGGUCGCGGUGAAUGAGAAGGGCAUGCAGACGUCGGCUGACUACGGCGACCUCGUUGUAGCCUUUGUUCUGAGCGGCAACGCGUCAGAGCUGUGCGGUUCGGUGCCGGACAUGAUGGAGCUGGAGGCGCUGCGGUACCGCAUUUUCUCGCUGCUGGGGUACAGCGCGAGCGACCCGGCCGGAAUGCAGGCGGUGAAGGAGGCCGCUGGAAUAGGUGGAGCAUCCGCUGCCGCUCAACCGCCAGCAGAAGCAGUCACGCGGUCUUGCACGACAGCGCCUUCGCCUCUCGAACCAAAUCUGGCCCGUCUGCAGCAGCACUUGGCCUCUUUCGAAGCGUUCCAUACCCCGGCCUCACCACACCCGAAAGCCAGGGAGACGUCGUCGUUCGGUGCGUCAUCUGCGUCGCCGUGCGCCUCUUUAGUGAGGGGCCAGCGGCGGCCCAGCUUCUUCGAAGACGUGCUGCAACGAGCGGAUCCUCUGGCGGAUUUGGACAACGGCGACGGCAAGAGGGAGCGCUACCCUACCGAGUUCGAUGUGCAGCAGAGGCAGACGACACUGCGGCAGAGGCAAACGCAGGAUGUACAGGCGCUAAUGCUACAACGCUAUCCGAUCUACCGCGCCUCAAGCGUCGCGGAGAGCACUCUGCAGGCCUUCUUCGCGGAGGCAAAGGAAGCAGUCGUUGCGGCGCGUCAGCAGGCGCGACGGCGCGACGACGCCAAGUCAUCCAGCGGCCGCCCCAGCACUAGUGGUCGUCGCUUCUCGUCACCUGACCAGUCUUUGGACCCUCUUACGCGGCACACACGCGGCGACGCGACGACGACCGCGCUGCAGGAUUCGGAGCGCGAUCUGCUGCGCUUCCGCCCUAUGAGCCUAAACAGCUUCCACCGCGAGCUCACUGACGCUGUGCAGUACGCGCUGGAUCUGCAGAUUCGGCAAGGCAAGAAAGACGUAUUGCACGCGCUCCACAUGUAG